AUGGGUAAGGAAGAGAAGACCCACAUCAACAUCGUCGUCAUCGGACACGUCGAUUCCGGCAAGUCCACCACCACCGGUCACUUGAUCUACAAGUGCGGUGGUAUUGACGCUCGUACCAUCGAAAAGUUCGAGAAGGAAGCCAACGAACUUGGAAAGGGUUCCUUCAAGUAUGCCUGGGUUUUGGACAAGCUCAAGGCUGAGCGUGAGCGUGGUAUCACCAUCGAUAUCGCUCUCUGGAAGUUCCAGACCUCCAAGUACGAGGUUACCGUCAUUGACGCCCCUGGUCACCGUGAUUUCAUCAAGAACAUGAUCACUGGUACUUCCCAGGCCGACUGCGCCAUUCUCAUCAUUGCCUCUGGUACUGGUGAAUUCGAGGCUGGUAUCUCCAAGGAUGGCCAGACCCGUGAACACGCCCUUUUGGCCUUCACCCUCGGUGUCCGUCAGCUCAUUGUUGCCCUCAACAAGAUGGACACCUGCAAGUGGUCUCAGGACCGUUACAACGAAAUCGUCAAGGAGACCUCCAACUUCAUCAAGAAGGUUGGAUACAACCCCAAGAGCGUUCCUUUCGUUCCUAUCUCCGGUUUCAACGGUGACAACAUGCUUGAGCCCUCCACCAACUGCCCCUGGUACAAGGGUUGGGAGAAGGAGACCAAGGCUGGCAAGUCCACCGGUAAGACCCUUCUUGAGGCCAUCGACGCCAUCGAGCCCCCCACUCGUCCCGCCAACAAGCCCCUCCGUCUUCCUCUCCAGGAUGUCUACAAGAUCGGUGGUAUUGGAACGGUUCCUGUCGGUCGUGUCGAGACUGGUACCAUCAGCCCUGGAAUGGUUGUCACCUUCGCUCCUGCCAACGUCACCACUGAAGUCAAGAGUGUUGAAAUGCACCACCAGCAGCUCACUGCCGGUCAGCCCGGUGACAACGUUGGUUUCAACGUGAAGAACGUUUCCGUCAAGGAAAUCCGUCGUGGAAACGUUGCCGGUGACUCCAAGAACGACCCUCCUUCCGGCGCUGCCUCCUUCAACGCCCAGGUCAUCGUCCUCAACCACCCUGGUCAGGUCGGUGCUGGUUACGCCCCAGUCCUUGACUGCCACACUGCCCACAUUGCUUGCAAGUUCUCUGAGCUUCUUGAGAAGAUCGACCGUCGUACCGGAAAGGCUGUUGAGUCCAACCCUAAGUUCAUCAAGUCCGGUGACGCUGCCAUCGUCAAGAUGAUUCCUUCCAAGCCCAUGUGUGUUGAGGCUUUCACUGAGUACCCUCCUCUCGGUCGUUUCGCCGUCCGUGACAUGCGUCAGACCGUCGCUGUCGGCGUCGUCAAGUCCGUUGAGAAGGCUGCCGCUGGUGCCGGAAAGGUCACCAAGGCUGCCCAGAAGGCCGGUGGUAAGAAAUAA